AACGAAAAGUAAAUAUCCGUCGCCCACUCCAUGUACCAAAACUUGUCACAAUCAGUUGUCGGUUUUAUAAAUUCCGAACCAAAUUUCGGACUUGCAUACAUUUCGUUAGAACUUCCUAUCGCUUGGCGUGGCUUGCUGUGGCCAGCCAUUUUGAGUAUUGUCGAGUGUAAACUGGUGAUUGAUGUAAAACGUUACCUUGAAUAUGAAGACUAAAAUGAGUAAAACUAAAGAUUCGCCUGUCGCGGAUGGAGAAACUGAGGAGGAGUUCAGUGUUGAGAAAGUUUUGGAUAGACGUGUCGUAAAGGGAAAAGUUGAAUAUUAUCUAAAAUGGAAAGGAUACAGUAACGAUGAAAACACAUGGGAACCAGAGGAAAACCUUGAUUGUCCAGAUCUGAUAGCACAGUUUGAAGAACAGCGUAAAAAAAGAGAAGCUGUAGGCAGUGGAAAGAAAGAUGAAAAGGAACAGAAGAAACGAAAGAGUUCGUCCACACCAACUCCAACAGCUCCCUCAAAGAAAAAGGUUACUGAAGAUAAGAAACCUGAAGGUUUUGACCGAAAUUUAGAACCAGAAAGAAUUAUUGGAGCGACUGACUCUAGUGGUGAAUUAAUGUUUUUGAUGAAAUGGAAGGGUACGGACGAUGCAGAUCUUGUUCCAGCAAGGAUAGCUAACGAAAAAUGUCCCCAAAUCGUAAUUAGAUUUUAUGAAGAACGUCUAACCUGGCAUAGUCCAACCCAUGACGAAGAAAACAACAAAGCCGAUCCUGAGUAGCAAUUAAGACCUGAAACAUUGAAACCCAAAUUGGGAUUGUCUUAUACUGCUCGUUUUAAAAUAUGUCGCAUAUAGCCAUGUCAUAUUAGGUUCAUGUAUAAGUUAUGUUACACACACGAGCAGAUUCGUUAAUUUACUUGGAUCCAUAAAAGUAUGAUGCAAAUUGAUUCUUAAAUUUUGAAUAAUACUUCUUCAUUUAACGUACCGCUAUAACUUACACAGUAUCUAGAAUUAUGUUUUAGCUAUAUUGUAUAUAUGUGUAGGAAACGCGGAUCUGAAUAAUGAAAUUUGACAGUUACUAAAGCACAUCUACUUUAGUUUUUGAAUAAAUAACUGGACUUUUUCAAAAACAUUCUCGUUUGGUGAUAUUGACGUUUUAUCUCUAUAUUUUGUUGAGAAAAGUGAAGUUCUAGUUUAAACUGAUAUUUAAGAAAACAAUGAAACGUGGAUAAUAUCUGUUUAUCGCAUUUGGAAAAUAUAACAUAGCUCAUUAUAAUUUGCUUCGUGUAAAGUUUCUUCGUAAUAAAAAUUGGUUUUAUUAUGGAAAAAUAGCAAAUUCGCUAAGUAGACGUGGUAUAAUUUUUACGAAUCAUUUACAUGUCAUACCAUUAUGUGACUUGGUGAGAUGCGUUCAUUUUCUUUUCUAUUUGUUAAAGUACGAGUUCACACUUAUAUUGUGGCUCAACAUGCCCCAUGUUGUGCGUUUCUUUUAAUUCGGUUUUGAUAACUUUAAGUCUAAUUACAGUUACAAAAUGUGAAUCAGCCUAUACGACUGGCAUUGCAUUUAUAUUUUUUGUAGUGAACGUGUGAGAAACAAGAACAAGAAUAUAACAGUUGUUAUCGAAUAAACGCAUAA